GGAACUGCUGCUGUGCGCGGCUGGCCGGGUCUACGGGAGGCUGAGCGGCGGCAGCAUCGGCUCCCGCAGCCCAGUCAGCCGCACCCCGGCCGCGGAGGGGACGUGCCGGGGCAGGCGGUGCCGGGGUAGGCGUUGCUUGUCGACUGUUUCCGAAGCGGGAGCACAACACCGGCGUAGCGGUCUUGCUGCAGUCGGGGCCCGGGGCUGCCCGGCCCGGCCGGAUCUGCGGGCACCCGGGAGGCCCCCGGAGGGCCCGGGAAGCCAGGCUGCUGCGGGGCAUUGAUGAAAAAGGAUGACAGUGAAGUUGGGAGACGGCGGCGGCGGGGAGGAAGGACUCAAGAGGCUGGGCAAGAGGGCUGCCGAUGAGGAUGCGUUGGAGGGAGAGGGGGCCGGCGGCGGGGAUUCGGCCGAGGACAGCGGUGGCACAAAGAGGGACGGCAAGACCCCCCGGGGCGGCGGCCCCCCGGCCCCCGCGAGUGGCCCGCAGGCUCCGUCCCCGCCGCCCGCCUGCCCCCAGGACCAGCACCACUUCCUCCGGUCCAGCGUGAGGCCGCAGAGCAAAAGGCUCAGGAAAGACUCGUCGGGCGGCGCCGGGGGGAGCAGCGGCAGCACCAGCAGCUCCGGGCCUCGCGGAAAAGGAGCUGAUGGUGGUGGAUCAUCAUCUGGAAGUGGGCCUGGGGUUGCCCCUGCUGCCCCUGCAGGGGCCUCUCGCUCCUCCUCCCGGAAUUUAGGAUCUUCCGGCGGUGAGAAGGAAGAAGGCAAAAAAGUCCGGCGACAGUGGGAGUCGUGGAGUACCGAGGACAAGAACACUUUCUUUGAGGGGCUGUAUGAGCAUGGAAAAGACUUUGAAGCAAUCCAGAACAACAUAGCUCUCAAGUAUAAGAAGAAGGGCAAGCCCGCCAGCAUGGUGAAGAACAAGGAGCAAGUGAGGCACUUCUAUUACCGCACGUGGCACAAGAUCACCAAGUACAUCGACUUCGACAAUGUGUUCUCUCGAGGGCUGAAGAAGUCGUCUCAGGAGCUGUAUGGUCUGAUCUGCUACGGUGAACUGCGCAAGAAGAUUGGGGGCUGUAUGGAUGACAAGAAUGCCACGAAGUUGAAUGAGCUCAUUCAGGUUGGGGCCACCACAGUGCGUUACAAAGGAAGAAACCUGCGAAUCAAAGCGCCCAUGUGCCGAGCCCUGAAGAAGCUCUGUGACCCAGAUGGCUUGAGUGAUGAAGAGGACCAGAAGCCAGUGCGUCUGCCCUUGAGAGUCCCCGUAGAGCUACAGCCAAGGAACAAUCAUGCCUGGGCCCGCGUACAGAGCCUCUCCCAGAACCCCAGGCUCCGGAUGAUCGUGGAGCUCCAUCGCAAGGUCUCUAGCCUCAUUGAAUUUUUGAAGCAGAAGUGGGAGCUCCAUGAAGUGCGAAUUCGAAAGACGCUCGCGGAGCGGCAGCUGCAGGAUUCGUUUGUGGAGCCGUCACAGGAGAAAGUAAUGCUGCACCUGUUCCCAGGGGAGAACUGUACGCUGACCCCACUUCCAGGAGUGGCCCGUGUGGUGCACUCUAAGGCCUUCUGCACGGUGCACUGGCAGGAGGGUGGCCGGUGCAAACAGAGCUCCAAAGAUGCCCACACGCUGCCUCCAGCUCAGAUCCUGGGCAUCCAGAGUGGGCAGGGUACAGCCAGGGGCCAGGUGAAGUGCCCACGGAGCGGCACCGAAGGCAAGGGCGGGGGGCGGCCUCCUCCCUCCAUGGACACUUCUCAGAGCUCUGGAGAGAGUUCCCCUGAAAGUGCCCUUGGGGAGGGGGCUGCCCCAAGCCUCAGCAGCCCGAACGCUCCCGACAGGCUUCCCCCUGGGCUCCAGGAUGCUGGGGUACAGACCCCCACGGCAGCUCCUGUAGAGGUUGGGGACGGCCCAGCCCCAGAGCCCAGGGCCACGACUUGUGCCUGUGGCCAGCUCCCAGAGCUGGAGGACGAUCUCUCUCUCCUAGACCCCUUUCCCCGCUACAUGAAGUCCUGCCAGGACCUCAUCCUCCCUGAGCCGUGCCACUGUGCAGACUCUCGGCUCUCAGCGUGUGUCUCCCCAGAGACUCAAGCCCCCAGCAGCGCAGAGGUGGCCAACCUUGCCCGGACCAGGGCACCAUCUCCUGUCCGUAGCCUAUCUGGCCUGGAGCCUCAGCCCAGCCCAGGGCUCCAGCCAGAUGUUUGCACUAAAGACUCAGCAGAUGCUCCUGCAGAGGAGCCCCAGGAGAAGGUGAGCCCCUCGGACCCCCCGCCACCUCAGGGACAGCCUUCUGCCAAGCCUCCAAAAGAUGUCCCUGCCAGCCGGCUGGCCCAGCAGCUCCGUGAAGAGGGCUGGAACCUGCAGACCUCCGAGAGCCUGACGCUGGCCGAAGUCUACCUCAUGAUGGGAAAGCCGAGCAAGCUGCAGCUGGAGUACGACUGGCUGGCCGAGCUGGGCCCUGAGGGCCAGGCCCCUGGUGGUUCCCCACCUGCCGCCUUUCACAAGCAGCGCCUCCUCAGCUGCCUCCUGAAGCUCAUCUCCACUGAGGUCAACCCCAGACUGGCUCCAGAAUCGAACGCCAGCUCCAUGGCCUCAGCGAGACCCGCCCAGGAGGAGCAGUCGACGACCCCCCCUGGGAAGGUGGUGAACGUGAGCGCCCGGAGCCCCCGCUGCCCUCGAAACCAGUCUGCCCUUCGCAACAGCAAGGCCUUCUCUCCCAGCUCUGCGCCUUGUCCCUCCUCAGGUUUGAGAAACCCUCCAAGACCCCUCUUGGUGGCUGGUUCCUCUAGUACAGGAAGCAGUGACUCAGAUGGUGGCCUUUUUGCUGUCCCAACAACUUUGCCACCCAACAGCCGACAUGGGAAGCUCUUCUCUCCUAAUAAAGAGACAGAAUUGACUUUCCUUCAGCAUCUGAACUCCAUCAGCAUGCAGUCGGAUUUCUUCUUGCCAAAGCCCCGGAAACUGCAGAACCGGCACCUACGGAAGCCUCUGGUGGUCCAGAGAACCCUGCUUCCUAGACCUUCUGAAAACCAGUCCCACAAUGUCUGCUCCUUCUCUAUCAUGUCAAAUUCCUCCAUAACCGGUAGAGGCUCAUUCCGGCCCAUCCAGUCUUCCCUCACCAAAGCAGCUCUGUCUCGGCCAAUCAUGCCCAAGGUCCUUCCGCCCCAGGCCACAGGCCACCUGGCCAGUGCUGUCGACUUAGCAGCUACAAGUGCCGGCAUCAUCCCCGGGAGCCCCCUCCCUGUCUUGGAUGCUGAGGGUUUGUCUGGCAUCUCUCCACUGUCUUCAGAUGAGGCAACAGCUACCCUUUCGGGUCCGGACUCCACUAGCACCCUCCAGAAUGGAGACCCCAUCCCCACUGUGGGGGGUACAAGCGAUCCAUUCAUCAGCAUCCCCUCGAGGCCUGAGCAGGAGCCAGUGACGGAAGGUUUCCAGGGUUCACCUGUCCUCUCCUUAACUGAGCUAUCGAAGGCUCCUCUGCACAAUGGGCUUUCCACCCAAUUGCCCUUGGCGGAGGGUUCCAGCACUCGGCUCUCUCCGCCUAACGUUUCUGCUCUGCUGGACAUCUCCCUGCCUGGCCCGCCUGAGGACGUGCUCUCCCAGGGAGAGCCUGCCACUCAGAUCAGUGACUCCAUCAUUGAGAUCGCCAUCAGCUCUGGCCAAUACGGUGAAGGAGUCCCUCUUUCUCCAGCAAAACUAAAUGGCAGUGACAGUUCCAAGAGUCUUCCUUCCCCAUCCAGCAGCCCCCAACCAGACUGGAUUGCCUCCCCCACCCAUGACCCCCAGUGGUGCCCCAGCGACCCCACGGACUCAUCCCUUGGCAGCUUGUUUGCAAGCUUCAUCUCAGAGAAAAGCCGAAAGAUGCUGCCGACUCCAGUGGGGACCCACAGUGGCACCUCCCUGCUGGGCCCCAGCCUGCUAGAUGGAAACUCGAGAGACUCGUUUGUGUCCAGAUCCCUGGCUGACGUGGCAGAGGUCGUGGAUUCCCAGCUGGUGUGCAUGAUGAAUGAAAACAGCGUUGAUUAUAUAUCUCGAUUCAACGACUUGGCCCAGGAGCUGUCCAUUGCCGAGCCCAGCCGCCGAGAGGUUCUGUUUGAUGGCAGUGGAAGUGGCCCCCCUGUCAGUGACCUAUCCCAGUGAACAUACAACGUGCCUCGUGGUGGGGGCAUCCUGGAGGCGUCAGAGGAGAGCUUACAGGGCUGGUGGUCCAGUCCUCAACUGUGAUAGGUGUAGAGGAAACACAAAUCUAGCCCAGGACCCCCAGAAGAUGGUCAGAAUAGAGACACCUCUGCACCCCAGAAUACACAAAAUGCUGGAAGCUAUAUCCCAACGGGGAGAGGGCAGUAGUGGCCUGAGAGAUAAGGACGAGUCCUGGAAUGUCAUACAUCACUGUGGCAUUGGAGCCAUUCUUCGCCAGUCGUGGGAUCUCAUAUUGGGGUCUGUGUAAUGACCACAUUUCUGCCCAUGCAUCUGCCUUGGUGGUUGUGUUGGACAGUUUAGUCGGUUUUCUUUCUGAAAGAAAGGGGAGUGGGUGUGUGCCCCAGCGUAGUCGUUGUGCCCUGGGGAGUUAUAAUCUCCCUGCUUUCUAUAAGGAGACUCCAGGUCAUGGCUGCAUUCUUUCUGCCAAACCUGUACCACACUUUGAUUGCUUCUCUGCAGAGUGAUGAUGGAAGGGGGUGAGGGGGUGACAGGGGACAGCUGGGUCUGGCCUGGGCUUUGCUUGGUGGUAUCUGUACCCUAAGACAGCGGACACUUCAGGGGACACUGAUCACAGGACAGCAGAAGGGUCCCAGGGCAGCGUAACUGGAGCCAUCACCUCAGAAAUACUGAUCCUUGCCUAGUGCUUCCCUAUCUAGAUGUGUUUUCUGAACAGGACGGGGGGAAAAAAUCAUGUCCAGGUUCUAUGGACUUUUAGAAAAGAAUCCUGCUAAGCUUGUUGGAGAAUGUUUUUCUUGUGUUUUAAGAAUUAGACAAUGAGGAGGUAAACCAGUUUAGUUGGUUUCCUUCUUGCAUCCAUCUACAAGUUUCUUCUAGGUGAUCUAUAAUGUUACUUCUCUUUAUUGGGACGAUCCUAAGCACUUGUUUAACUAACCACAGUUAAGACUUUCCUGAUGAGUCCUUGAACCUCUGAUGUGUUACUGUUUAGCAUCUGAGACAAAUGUACUUUGCAGGGGAAUUUCUUUUUUUUUUCAGUCUUCUCUUCCUUUCAUUGGCCUAAGAGCAGAGCAUACUGUGAUGCGCAGGUUUAAUCCCCCAUGUCUCCUUUUGCCCAGUGGUCUCUUAUUUUGCUCCUUCCUGUUCAGGGAAUGCAGACAAGGGUCAUACAUCCUGAUGCAGUUAGAGCACUACCACAUCCCUGUAUUGUACUCAGUGAGCCUCCUUGGGUGACCAGUUGUCACCAUUGCAAGUAGUCCAGUGUCCAGUUCUUCCCCAGAAUGGAGCUAACAAGGCUCCUGUGUUUGCUCAGCCUUGGGAAACUCAACACUUAAUUCACUCCUUAGCCACAUUAUGUGUGGCCAGAAGCCAGUGCUCUUGUGUUGGACUAGUAAUACCUGAGCCACCAUUCCACCUGCUGCUUCACCCUCCCCCGACAGCCAGCAUCAUCCACCUGAACCAAUCUUCGUUCUGUUGCUCACCUUUCCUCUUCCCCUGACUGGUGGAAAAUGGCAGCUCUUGAUCCUCUACAAUGGCAGGAUCAAGGCAGUCCUGGUCCUCUACAGAGGCUUCUCCCCAAUGAGAGAGCAGCCUGUGUGAAAAGGAGAGAAAGGUCUUUUGUGUGUGCAAGAAG